GAGUGUGAUUCGAAAUUUGGAGAAAUUUGAUUUGAAAUGAUAGCAGAUGGUCUUUCACUUGCAGCUGGCAGUGCAUCCCUGUCCUGUCUCCUAUCCAGCUAUCCUGUCCGAUGGCUGCAGGUUCCUCCCCCUCCACCUCCAGCAGCCGGAGCCUCCUCGCCACCCGACCCUUGUUGCCGUUGAGGUCGACGACGAGGACGAGGACGAGGAGGCCGCCUCCAUCCACAUCCAUCCCGCCUCGCCUCAGCUGUCUCCGACCGCCCUCUGCCUACUUUUACUCCUACUCCUCCCCGUCGGCGUCGUCGUACAACGGCUGGGCCGACCUCGCCGCGGCGCCCGACACCCCUUUCCCCUUCCCCUUCCCCCUCUCCCUCCCGCCGCAGCCCACCACGCAUGGCCUCCUCGUGCUCCUCCCCACCGUCGCGCUCGCCCUCGCCCUCGCCCGCCUACCUCCCCUCCCCCUCCUCGCGGCCGCUUUCACCGCUGGAUUCGCAGCCAGGCACCUGUCCUCCUCAGCGCAGCCAGAGUCCCCCCGCCGCCUCUCCGCCCUCCUCGCCGAUCUCGAUGCCCAGGCCUGCGCCUUGAGGGACGAGCUGCUCUCCGACGCCCGCCCGGGCCUCCUCGUCCAGGCCGUCGAUCGCCUGCGCGAUGCCGUCGCUGACGCCGCCAGAGUAGCCGCGCAACAAGGCGACACCGUGUCAGAUGCGCUCGGACCGCUCUGGGAGGUCGUCGACUAUCUCGGUGCCUGGGCUCGCCACGCCGUGCGGGACCUCAGCCUCAGCUCGCCAAGGAAGAAGCCUGCAAAAAGCAACAGCACUUCAGAUGUUCAAGUCGUGGCCAAUCCCAACAACCAGGCUACUGCUGCUCAACAGCAACAAGAAAUUGGGAAUAAUAAGCCCGUGGAUUCUACUCUGCAACAAGAGCCUUUUGCAUUUGAUCCUUCUAUAGUCGAUAAUGCAAAUGGAAGGCCGCUUGGCAUGCUGCAGUUUGACGAGGAUGACAAUGGAUCCAAGGAUGCAGGAACCCGUGCUGACGCCACCGCCACUCUGGGGGUGGGGGAUGCUCGGCUGGAGAGACUAGUGUCCAAGCACAGGCAUCGGCGUGACCAUGUGCAGAAUGAUGGCCCAUUUCAAGGUGGUUCUACUAGGUUUUCCGCUGAAUCCAUGGAGUCAUCUUUGCUGGAGAGGACGCUUGAAAUCCGGGACAGGUCCUACAGGUUCAAGAUUGAGCGCCACAGCGACAGUGGUAGCAAGGUGAGUGAAACACAAGACAGGACUGAUGACGGCUUUGUCGAUAAUGCUGCUGGUUUGCAUCCUUUAUAUGAUGAUGAAGGCGCCUCUGCUGAUUCGGAUGGCGAGGAGUUCAGCCGAAACGUCAAGGAAGCUGCAGAGAUCUUGAGGAAGGCCAGGGAAUCCAUGAUGGCCAUGGCUGACGAAGAGACUGCGGAUGCACUGCUGUACAAAUCAGCUAGGCUCCUUUCCACAGCUGUAGCUUUGAGGCCAACGAGUCUGGUAGCAGUGGGUCAGCUAGGGAACACAUACCUUCUCCACGGAGAGCUCAAGCUCAAGAUUAGUCGUGAGCUGAGGACACUCUUGGCCAACAGCGGUGCUUUUCUGAAUGGAAGGGAGCGUGUUUCACGGUCCAGGAAGGUAGAUAGGAGAAUCUUAAGCAGAGAGAGCAUUUCAUCCGCUCUUGUCGAUGUAUGUGAGGAAUGUGAAAGCCUUCUUGUUGAGGCUGGCAGAAGCUACAGGAUGGCCCUCUCCAUUGAUUCAGGUGACGUCAAGGCAUUGUACAAUUGGGGACUAGCACUUAUUUUCCGGGCACAACUACUUGCUGACAUUGGACCGGAGGCCGCAGUCGAUGCUGACCGGGUGUAUCUUGCUGCAAUUGAUAAGUUUGAUGCCAUAUUGUCGAGAAGCAACACUUAUGCUCCAGAAGCUCUCUACAGAUGGGGCACUGCACUGCAGCAGCGGUCCUAUCUGCGGCCUCGGAACAGCAGGGAUAAGGUGAGGCUUCUGGAGCAGGCGAAGAGCUUGUUCGAAGAUGUGCUAUAUGUGGAAGCAGACAACAAGAUGGUGAGGGAGGCGCUGUCAUCGUGCAUAUCAGAGCUUAACUACCAUGGCCGAUGGUUAUAGACAGUUUGUUUUGGCGGAGCAGCUGCGGGCCUAUAUGAGCUACCUAUCAGGAAUCAUGAUUGCCGGAUGAAUCAAUAUAAGCAGCUAGGAUGUGAUUUACAGGACAGUAGUUUCCUCUGCCUCUUCUGCUUGUAGCAACUCAAGCGAGGAGAGAAACAUAAGCUCAGUUUAGUUAGUCCUGCGAUACAAUGCAAUAUGAUUCUUUGUAUGGAAUGUGUGGUUGAAUCGAAUACAUAAUACAAAUGAAAAAAUGUGCCAUCAAUUUUGAGCUGAAA